AUGUCUGAACUGAUCACUCCGCAGCAACGAACCCGUUAUAAGCAGGCACUCCACUUCGCCGAGCAGCAAGUGGAAGCCACCGUCAAGCGAACUCCCGACUUGUUCCCGAUCUAUACCGAGGGUGGCCACUGGCAUCACGAGGGAGAACUGUGGACCGAUUGGACCGGAGGGUUCUUCGCCGGGAUGAUGUGGCAGUUCCAUCGCCGCACGGGGGACAAAACCUGGAGGAAGCGGGCCGAGCACUAUUCGAAAUUGCUCGAGCCACGCCAGCACGACCGCAACGUACAUGACCUAGGUUUUAUCUUUCUCAACACGUAUCUUCCCUGGUACGAAUUGACGGCCGACCCCGACCUGCAUGCGGUGUUGAUCCACGCCGGGCGUACCUUGGCCAAGCGGUUCAUCGAUCCGCCGGGCUACCUGCACAGCUUCGUGGCACCCAACUCGCUGUUCAUCGACAUCAUGAUGAAUGUGCCGCUGGUGUUUUACGCGGUGCAGGAGACGGGAGAUCAGAAUCUCAAGGAAAUCGCCGAACGCCACUGCCGCACGACUCGCGAUUACCUGGUGCGGGAGGAUGGUUCGACGGCGCACGAGGGGAUCUUCGACACCGAAACGGGUGAGUUCAUACGCGAAGACACACAUCAGGGCCUACGGCCCGACAGCCGCUGGGCCCGGGGACUGGCAUGGUCGCUUUACGGCUAUAGCAAGGUCUACGCGUAUACCCAGAAUGAAGAGUUCCUCGAGGUCUCACAGCGAAAUGCCGACUUCUGGCUGAAACACCUGCCGCACGAUCAUGUGCCGUAUUGGGACUUCGACGCCGAUCUGGGAGCCACGCUGCCCUGGGGACCGCAGAAAGACAGUUCGGCCGGGGCAAUCGCAGCCAGCGGGCUGUGGCAAUUGGCCGGCCAGGUGUCUGAUAAGGAGAAAGCCGCCAAGUAUCGCGAGACUGCCCUGGGGAUGCUCGACGCGUUGUGUCAUCCGAAUUACCUGGCUCAAGACCUCAAAGGCUGGGAGGGUAUCCUGCAGCACGGGGUUUAUCACACGGAAAAGAACCUCGGUGUGGACGAGUCGGUGAUGUGGGGCGAAUAUUUCUUUGUCGAAGCGCUAACCCGGGUGUUGGAGGAGUUGCAAAGCGUGGAAAUAACCCGAAAUCCAACCCGGGCGGUGCCGAUCGGUUCGAUUGUGGUGGGCGACCAUAACCCGAUUGCCGUGCAAAGCAUGACGGCCACCAAGACACAGGACGUUGCGGCCACUGUCGAGUUGAUCAACCUGCUGCAAGACGCCGGUGCGGAUGUGGUGCGGGUGGCGGUCGACAGUAAGAAGGACGCGCAGGCCCUGGCAGAGAUUCGCAAGCAAACGUCGGCCAAUCUUUCGGUCGACUUGCAGGAGAACUAUCGCCUGGCCGAAGUGGUGGCCCCACACGUCGACAAGAUUCGCUACAACCCGGGGCACCUCUAUCACCACGAGCAGAGCAAGCCCUGGCAGGAUAAGGUGCGAUACCUGGUCGAAGUGGCCACGGCCCACGACUGUGCGAUGCGGGUGGGCGUGAACUGCGGUUCGGUCGAUCCGGCGAUGGCAGAAAAGUACGACCGCGACGACUCGAUUUCGCCAAUGCUGGAGAGUGCGCUGGAUCACUGCGAGCUGCUCGACGAUCUUGGGUUCACGCGGUAUGUGGUCUCGCUGAAGGAUUCCGACCCCAAGAAGGUCGUCGAGGUGAACACCCGCUUUGCGAACGAGCGGCCCGACGUUCCCUUGCACCUGGGCGUGACAGAAGCCGGCAUGCCGCCCGAUGGGAUCAUCAAGACUAGGAUUGCGAUGGAGCAAUUGGUCGCCCGGGGGAUUGGCGACACAAUCCGCGUUUCGCUCACGGUGCCCAAUGCAGAGAAGCCGAAGGAGAUUGCCGCGGGGCGGGAGAUUCUGGCCGACAUCGCCGCAGGCCGGGUGCGUUCGGUGGUCGAUUAUGGUCUGAGCACGCUGAACAUCAUCAGUUGCCCCAGUUGCUCGCGGGUGGAAAACGAGGCGUUUGUCGAGCUGGCCCAGCAAGUGCAGCAGAUGACGCAGUAUGCCAAGGAACAUGCGUUGACCAUCGCUGUGAUGGGCUGCCGCGUGAAUGGCCCUGGCGAAACGGACGAUGCCGACCUCGGGCUGUGGUGUGGCCCCAACUAUGUGAAUCUCAAACGUGGCGGCGAAGCCUUGGGGGCGUUCCCCUACGAUGAGAUUCUCGGCAAGCUCAAGAGCGAACUGGACGCGAUGAUCGCCCAGCGGGCGGGUAGCGGGGUGUAG